ACUUCUCAUAAAUAUUACCGACGCUGAUUCAGGGGGACUCGCAUCACAAAGUCACUUCGCGUCCUGGUGUGUUUACCACAUAUUCAGCUCGACUUUUUUUUUUUCUUUGGCCAAAUUGAACUUUUUUAUUCUGUUUCUGCAGCGGCUCAGGCGCUCCGCGGGUCCUCCGCAGUCAGCGGUUUCUUUUCUCCUCAUUCGUCCAACUUUACGCGCAGGCUGAUGCGCACCGACCUGCCGGAGCGCGACGGUCACAGAUAGCCGGCUGUGACUCUCUUGCAUGCAGGGUUCGGGUCCGGCUGUGAUGAAGGCGGUGGUGCUGAGAGGAAAGUCAGGCGCUCAGUUUUCCUCUGGAGCUUUUUAAGGAAACUGUCAAGCUUCUAACUGGACUUUUUAGACGCGCCGUUUCUUCUUUAGCAGUGAUCCUGUUCUAUUCAUUAAACAGAAAAUUAAAAGGAAAGUUUUUAUUCAGAGACUGUAAAAUACAAGUGAGGAUCCAUGAUGAGCAAACCCGCUGGUUCAACAAGUGGCUGUUUGGAUAUUCUGAACGUCAAAUCAAGUCGGAUUCUGGACAUCCCUUGCAAAGUGUGCGGCGAUCGCAGCUCAGGGAAACACUACGGUGUUUACGCAUGCGACGGCUGCUCGGGAUUCUUCAAAAGGAGCAUCCGGAGGAACCGAACCUAUGUGUGCAAGUCGGGCUCACAGGGUGGCUGUCCCGUUGACAAAACUCACAGGAACCAAUGCAGAGCGUGCCGUCUGAAAAAGUGUCUGGAAGUGAACAUGAAUAAAGACGCCGUCCAGCAUGAAAGGGGGCCCCGGACGUCCACCAUCCGCAAACAAGUCGCCCUUUAUUUCCGGGGCCACAAAGAGAUGAACGGCUCUUCGACCCAUUUCCCGGGAUCCUCACUACCCGGGCCUCCUUUCUUCACCACUGUUACGCAGCUGGAUCCUCACAACCUGGAGAUGAGCUCAGUGGCCACCACGCCAGAAAGACAGGCCAUCGUGGGUUUGGCACAACCCACACCUAAGUAUCCCCAUGAGGUCAGCGGCACCCCUAUGUACCUGUAUGAGGUAGCCACGGAGUCUGUGUGCGAGUCUGCCGCGCGCCUCCUCUUUAUGAGCAUCAAGUGGGCCAAAAGCGUCCCUGCUUUCUCCACUCUGCCUUUAUCUGAUCAGCUGAUUCUGUUGGAGGAUGCCUGGAGGGAACUGUUUGUUCUGGGCAUUGCUCAGUGGGCCAUUCCUGUGGACUCCACGACUCUUCUUGCUGUCUCUGGAAUGAACACAGAAAACACAGAGUCGCAGCGGAUGAACAAAAUCAUUUCUGAGAUUCAAGCACUUCAAGAGGUGGUCACCAGAUUCCGACAGAUGCGCCUUGACGCUACAGAGUUUGCUUGUUUGAAAUGCAUCGUAACAUUCAAAGCAGUUCCCACGCAAGGCAGCACAGAAUUAAGGAGUUUCCGCAAUGCCAGCGCCAUCGCUGCUCUACAAGAUGAAGCACAGCUCACACUUAACAGCUACAUACACACUAGGUACCCAACUCAGCCCUGCCGCUUCGGGAAGCUGCUCCUCCUUCUCCCGGCACUCCGCUCCGUCAGCCCCUCCACCAUAGAGGAAGUCUUCUUCAAAAAGACCAUCGGGAAUGUUCCUAUUACCAGGCUUCUCUCUGACAUGUACAAAUCAAGUGAUAUAUGAACUCUUUACCCAUCCAGAACCGUGGUAAAAGUCUCUAAGAGAUUCACCUAGGUCCAGAGAGAAGAUCAAAUCAACGUAGGUGGAGCAGAUGCAGAUUCAAGUUUUGUGGAAGACGAAAUCUUUUAGGCUGACUUAGACCAUAUCCUGUAAGCCUAUAGGCUUUACACUGAAAUAAAGACUUCAAAAUGAGCCAGCUUGCCACUAAAGUUGCAAUAGUUAAGGAUUAGGUUCUGAAAACUGCAGUUUACAGUAUUUAAAUGCUGCCUAAAGACUCUGAAAGAGCACCUGCCAAGUCCAUUUGAAACAGAAAUGCUGUACAUUACGAUGUCUUUCGAGUGUCUUUGAGACCACCAAUGAGCUUGACAACCAAUUAAAAAAUUCUAAUUGCUGUGUCCAAUCCCAGUGGAGGAAACCAAAAAGAAGCCCAAACUGAGAGAGGGGCCAAGUCGCUGAUCCUCUGUCCAGUGCUGAAACCAGAUGCACAAAAAGGGGCAACAAUGAAAAGUCUCCGCUCCACAAAGGAAAAUGACUGAGAUGAAAAAAUGUUGCUGUAAAAUUAUUCAAGGAUGUCAUUUCAGUGGCUGCUGUCCUGUUUGUGCCAGUGUCCUGUUUUCAGACGCAGCAACAUUUUGAAAUGUGUGUUUAGGUUGAUUUUGUGAAGACAAACUAACAUUGGAUGAAAUAAUAUUCAGCACUUGGAAAUGUUCUUUUGUGGCCUGUGUUGAUUUUAGUUUGCUGUAUAUACAUUGAGUUAUAACUAUUUAGAGUUGUAACAAAGAGAAUAAAAAAGACAAAGCUUGA